AUAUUUUAGUACUAAUAUCUUCGCUGACACAUAUCUCUUUCUCUCUCCUCGCCUUUGGCCUCGCCGUUCCUCAACCAAUAAAAACGACCGGUUUCUCUCAAGUAGCAGACAAAAACCCUAGAAUUGCUUCGAUUUAGUUCCUUCACUUCACCUCUUUCCGUCGGAAUCAUUCCGAUUUCCAAGAAUCGGUAGAUUUUGGGGUGGCUGACCUGCAGAGUCAAAGCUUCUGUUUUUAAGUUUUUUCAAGCUUCUGUUUGCAAUCAUGAGAACUUGUUGAAGAUAGAGUUUAUCUCUAUAGAGCCGGGUUUCUUGUGGACAACGGUAUGAGCAACUUCUUUUCGAAAGUAGAAGAGUUGUUGCCAACCGAUCCUAGUGCCUUUUGCAUCACUGGUCUUUUUGAAUCUGGUUGAUGAAGGGUGUUCGAGCGAAUGGUAACGGUCCCACGACCAUUGGGUUGGCGGAACCCAACCAUCGUAUAAGGGAUGAUCAAAAGGAAGUAAGGAAUGGAGUUGUCACUAAUGGGCUUGGGCUUUCUGAGGAACUUGAGUCCAGGAUUAAUCAGGAUAUUGAAGAUCCAAAGUUUGGACCCAAGGAGCUGGUCCGGCCCCAGGCUGUUCAUCAGAGACCACAGCAACAGCAUCAAGGGCCUCAAGGAUCAGUGGUUUGCUGGGAAAGGUUUCUUCCUCUUAGGACUCUCAAGGUUCUACUGGUGGAAAACGAUGAUUCUACUCGCCAUGUUGUCAGUGCAUUGCUUCGAAACUGCAGUUAUGAAGUUAUUGCUGUAGCAAAUGGUCUUGAAGCAUGGAGAAUAGUAGAAGACUCAACCAAUCACAUUGAUCUUGUUCUAACGGAGGUAGUCGUGCCUUGUUUGUCAGGCAUUGGUCUCCUGGGAAAGAUUAUGAGCCACAAAACUUACAUGAAUAUUCCAGUUAUUAUGAUGUCGUCUAACGAUUCUAUGGGUAUAGUCUUUAAAUGUUUGUCGAAGGGUGCAGUUGACUUUUUAGUGAAGCCUAUUCGAAAGAAUGAGCUUAAAAACCUCUGGCAGCAUGUAUGGAGGAAAUGCCACAGUUCAAGUGGCAGUGGAAGUGGAAGUGAAAGUGGGAUACAAGCUAAAAAAUCUUCCAAGUCAAAAAGUGUUGAAGGGUCUGACCAUAACAGUGGCAGCAAUGACGGGGAUGAUAAUACAAGCAUUGGUUUGAAUGGUGGGGAUGGAAAUGGAAGUGACAAUGGCAGUGGCACUCAGAGUUCUUGGACAAAACGAGCAGUAGACGUUGACAGCCCCCAACCCAUCUCACCAUGGGAUCAACUUGAAGAUCCUCCCAAUAGCACCUGUGCUCAGGUUAUCUAUUCUAGACCUGAAGCAUUUGGCCACAAUUGGGUGCCCACAACUGUCACGAAGGAGUACCAUGGAAAGGAUGAUGAACUUGACAAUGUUGCAAUGGGUAAAGACUUGGAGAUAGGAGUCCCCAGAAAUCCAGAUUUACAACUUGAAGACCGAAGCAAAAAAGUAUGGGCAACUCUAGCAGGGGCUAAGAAGGAUAAAAUUAACAAAUUAGAAUCAACCAGGGAUGGUGAUAAAUUAGAAAACGACAAAAAGGAGCUCAACAGUGGGACACCAAAUGGCGAAUUGACGAAAGAAAUUGCUGAUCUCAAUGAAGCCAUUACUCACUGUACUAAUCCUCAUAUGGAAAGUGUAGCCACUGAAGUCCCAAAUGACAUAUCCAAGAAAAACAUUAACGACAAGGCCAUCUAUGACACUGAGGAAAUAUCUUCCCUUGAGCUCAGUUUGAAGAGACUCAGAGACGUUGGAGACAUUAGGAACAAUGCCAAAGAGCGAAAUGCUUUAAGACAUUCAGCCUUCUCAAGGUAUACCACUGUGACUGCUAGUCAGUCUCCAGAGGGGAAUGUGGGCAGCUGUUCUCCAGUUGAUAAUAGCUCAGAAGCAGCAAAAACAGAAUCAAUGCAAAACCUACAUUCUACUUCAGAUGGCACCCCUAAUCGCCGUUCCCAUGGCAGUAGCAACAACAACGACAUGGGCUCUACUACUAACAAUGCUUUUACCAAGCCAGCAGCUUUUAAUGAUCAGCCAAUGUCCAAAUCUGGAGUCAAUACUCAUCCAAGCUCUGCAUUCCAACCAAUUCCAAAUGGCCAUGUCCAAGUUCAGCACCACCAUCAUCAUUACCACCACCAUCACCAUCAUGUUCACAAUAUGAAGCAGGAACAAAAGCAGCAGCCAAACCACGAUGAUUUGUCUUUGAGGACAAUGGUUAAAGCAGAUCCACAGUGUGGGCCAUCCAAUGUGUUAAACACGCCAAUUGAAGGCAAUGCUGCUAAUUACAGUUUGAAUGGGAGUGCUUCUGGAAGUAAAAAUGGGAGCAAUGAGCAAAAUGGUAACAGCCUUGGUGUCAUUAAUGAAGGAACAAAUAUGGAAAGUGAUAAUGGGGUAGCUGGAAAAUGCAGAGGUGGCGGUGGAAGUGGAAGCAGGAGUGGGGUAGAUCAAAGCCAAUUCACACCGAGAGAAGCUGCUUUGAACAAAUUCCGGCAAAAGAGGAAAGAUAGGUGCUUUGAGAAAAAGGUACGGUACCAUAGCAGGAAGAAACUGGCAGAGCAGAGACCACGUGUUCGAGGUCAAUUUGUCCGACAGGUCGUGAGCGAAAAUGAAAGCAAGGACGAGGAUUCCUAACCCACUCCUUUAACCUGAUGGUGCUCACAGGACGUGUACAUGAGAAUCAGCACUAAUUGUGCAGUAGGGAGGGGGUUAGAAUUUGUAUUUGACAAUGGAAGAUAGUUGGGGUGAAGUGAGAGAGUUUUAUUUGGUAGAACAAUGGGAUUGUAGUUUAUGUUUUCUGAUUUCGAAUGACCUCUCUGGUGGUGGUAAGUGGUUACCCCUUAAGGGUACCUUUCUGAAUAAAACUCUUUUCAGUUUGGUGUGGCA